AUGCCCCUCGGCGACCUUCUAAUGAGCCCCCAAGGCAAUACGCUGAACGAAUUGAUCUACUACACUCCUAUCUUCAAGGUUCACCUCGACAUAGAUCUUCCUUUCCUGGAGGCUUUCUUGGAUCUCGAGGAGUUGACGCGGCAAUGGAUCAAUCGAACUAAUCACCAGUUGCAAAUUUACAUCAAUUGGUACAAUACAGAAUACAAAACGACGUACUCUGGCUUCAGGACGGUGAUCUUCAGGUGUAAGGAAUGCAAUGCAGCGGUAUGGGGAAUCCGAUUGUACAUGCACAGAUGCACUACCCGUAUGCACUACGAAGAACAACGUCCGCCCAUCCAUUGGAAUUCCAAGCUUCCCCACCAUUUCGAGCAAAACCUUUUGUCGGAUGGGGAAUGGAGAGAGGGAGGAGGAUGGGGGGUGUGGAGCCUGGAACGUCUUGAAGUCCACCAAUUGGCGACGGCAUAUGUGAAGCAGAUCAUGGAUCUAUGUGGAGCGAAAGACUUGGAAACGUUGGAGGAGAUGCAUCCGAUACUGAGAUGCAAGAUAUGCCAUCCUCCGGACAACCUUUUCUAUCGAUGGACGUGCGCUCUUACGCACAAACAGUCUGAGAAGGGGGCAUAUAUGCAUGACCUUGAGGUUGCCGGCGUCGACGUCGAGACACAGCAACAUUUGGAGAAGGAGGAAGUCCAAGCGGCCAUCCAAGUGUUCGGAAGUAGCAGGUUUAACCAUACUUCUAGUCCUUACGUCUUCUGCAAACUGUGCAAGGGGGACUAUAUCAGCGCCUGGGGCAUGGUAGUCUAUCAUAUGGAAAGAGAACAUCAGGUUUCGAGUGAAGACAUCCGCUACGGGGUGCACUUUUCAUGGAAAAUCACUACCGACUUCGUAUAUUUUGACUCUACCUAUAUGUCGCGCCUCCUCUACUUCCGUGAUAUUUGA